AUGAGCUCCAUCGAAGCCAACCUCAAGGACGUUGCCAUCUUGGGCAACAUCCCCAAUGACGCUCGCAAGAUCUUGACCAAGGACGCCUGCGCUUUCCUGGCCGUCCUCCACCGUACCUUCAACCCUACUCGCAAGGCCCUGCUGCAGCGCCGUGUCGACCGCCAGGCCAACAUCGACAAGGGUGUCCUGCCCGACUUCCUCCCCGAGACCAAGCACAUCCGGCGCUCCCCCGCUCCUGGCCUGGUCGACCGCCGUGUCGAGAUCACCGGCCCUACCGACCGCAAGAUGGUCGUCAACGCCCUCAACUCCGACGUCUGGACCUACAUGGCCGACUUCGAGGACUCCUCCGCCCCGACCUGGGAGAACAUGAUCAACGGCCAGGUUAACCUGUACGACGCCAUCCGCCGCCAGGUCGACUUCAAACAGGGUGGCAAGGAGUACAAGCUCCGCACCGACCGCGACCUUCCCACUCUCAUUGCCCGUGCCCGUGGUUGGCACCUGGAUGAGAAGCACUUCACCAUCGAUGGCGAGCCCAUCUCCGGUAGUCUGUUCGAUUUCGGUCUGUACUUCUUCCACAACGCCAAGGAGCUUGUUGCCCGCGGCCACGGCCCCUACUUCUACCUGCCCAAGAUGGAGUCUCACCUCGAGGCCCGUCUGUGGAACGACGUCUUCAACCUGUCCCAGGACUACAUCCGUAUCCCCCGCGGCACUAUCCGCGGUACCGUGCUCAUCGAGACCAUCACCGCCGCCUUCGAGAUGGAUGAGAUCAUCUACGAGCUGCGCGAACACAGCUCCGGCCUGAACUGCGGCCGCUGGGACUACAUCUUCUCCUUCAUCAAGAAGUUCCGCCAGCACCCCAACUUCGUCCUCCCCGACCGCUCCGCCGUCACCAUGACCGUGCCCUUCAUGGACGCCUACGUCAAGCUCCUGGUCAAGACCUGCCACCGCCGCGGCGUUCACGCCAUGGGCGGCAUGGCUGCUCAGAUCCCCAUCAAGAACGACCCCGCCGCCAACGACAAGGCCAUGGAGAGCGUUCGUGCCGAUAAGCUCCGCGAAGUCCGCGCCGGUCACGACGGCACCUGGGUCGCCCACCCUGCCCUUGCCGCCAUCGCCUCGGACGUGUUCAACAAGCACAUGCCAACCCCGAACCAGCUCUUCGUCCGCCGCGAGGACGUGAACGUCACGGCCAACGAUCUUCUGAACACCAACGUUCCCGGUAGCAUCACCGAGGACGGCAUCCGCAAGAACCUGAACAUCGGCCUGAGCUACAUGGAAGGCUGGCUUCGCGGCGUGGGCUGCGUUCCCAUCAACUACCUCAUGGAAGACGCCGCCACCGCCGAGGUCUCCCGCUCGCAGCUGUGGCAGUGGUCCAAGCACAACGUCUCCACCGCCGAAGGCAAGAAGGUCGACAAGAACUACGCUCUGCGCCUGCUGCAGGAGCAAGCUGACAGCCUCGCUGCCAAGGGCCCCAAGGGCAACAAGUACCAGCUCGCCGCGCGCUACUUCGCGGGCCAGGUUACUGGUGAGGAUUACGCCGAUUUCUUGACCAGCUUGCUGUACAAUGAGAUCUCCUCGCCUGGCAGUGCUGCUAAGCUUUAA